UGUAUUUUUAAUUUUGUAUAAUUUAUAGAUAUUUUGUGGUUUAUAUUUUAGUAUGAUACUUAAAAGUAAACUAAUUUCAAAACAUGUUAAUAUAUUUUUAUUUUUAAACAAUAAUCACUACGUUUUAAUAAAUUUUAAUGGAAAAUAAAUAUUUUAUUGCUACUUUGUUUUAUUAUUUUAAAAUGAUGCAUUGACAAUUUUUUGAAAAACCAAAACCAAAAACUGAAAAUCAAAACCAAAAACCUAAAAAUGAAAAGCCAAAAUCUAAAAACCAAAACCAAAAACUAAUUCAAACAAUCAUCACCUUAAUGUUUUUAUAACUUUAAAUAUACUUAUUUUGAAAUUAUGUGGCAGAACAUAAUUGGUUGAGUGACUCGUGCUUUAUCAUAUAAAGUAUGUAUUUAUUAUUUUGCUAUUUCAUAAUAUGUAAAAGAAUGUAAAACAAGUAAGUACAUAAAUUAAUUUGCAUAUACAAUUUUCAUUCUGCACAACUACGUAAUAGUUAAUGGUUUAUCAAUUAUUCAAUAUGUAUCUUUUUUUCUUAUCUCAUAAUAUGUAAAAGAAUGUAAAACAAGUUAAUACAUAAAUUAAUUUGCAUAUACAAUGUUCAUUCCGCACAAAUCCCGUCCAUAUCGCAAAUGUUAAACUAGUUAAAUAUGUAACCAAAACUAUUCAACAGUCAACUCAUUUAUUACUUCUAGGAUUAUCAGUUGCUAACAACGUAACAUGCAAUACAUAUCCACGUAAGUUAUGAUGAUGCAUGAAAUAAACAACAUGUACAUAAAGUUAUUUAUUAAAAAAGCUAAUUAUUCAACAAUUAUCAAGUAGUUAGACUAUCAAAAAUAAAUUAGAGAUUUAUCAAGUAUAAAAUUACUAAAAACUUGUGUAAUUGAAAUCGGCGGCUCCACUGUUUGCCCUAGACAGAGAAGCCUUCACUGGAACUCUUAAAGUCUUAGUAAGUCCUAUCUCUCUUUUCGCUACCGAUUUGCUUGAUAACUAAAAUCACCUGCACUUUGUUCGCCCUACGCAUUACCCUUCAUUGAAAGUCUUGGAAAGUCCUCUCCCUUCUUUGCUUUUGCUUCUUUUUUUUUCUCUAGCUCUUUCUCCACCUUGAAAAUAUAAUUAUCUUUGAAAAACGGUUUCAGCUCAAGUAUUUUGAAUUAGACAUUUUUUUUGUUAUAAUAAAAAAGAAGUAGCCUUAGAGCUCAAGGAAGGUAAAAGAAGCAAUUAUAGAUCCGUACGGUUCCACAGCUAGAUUUGAUGUCGAAUCAAAGUUAUCUGAGCAUCUGCCACCAGAACAAAGACGGUGCUGUGAAGAAUGACACCGAGACAUCGAUGCCUUCGGCUCCUAUACCAAUUAAUGCAGGCGGAAGGGAGGGGAAUGGGAAGAAGAAAACCAGAAGAGCAAUGCCGUGGAUGAGGUUUUCUCGGAACGGAAACACGGAAGUGAUUGAAUGCGACACGAGAACCAUCAUGAAACGUGUUUCCAUUCCUGCUAGGGAUUUAAGGAUUCGUGGCCCUCUUUUCUCCAGCUCUUCGAACAUUCUCGGCAGGGAGAAAUCUAUUAUUGUCAAUUUGGAGAACAUCAAGGCGAUAGUUACCGCAAACGAAGUGUUGCUGCUGGAUCCUCUCCGCCUUCAAGUACUUUCCAUCAUUGACCAACUAAAGAAACAGUUUCCUCAGAGGAAUGUACCGGAAGAUAUACAAUCUUCGCAAGAAGCUGAAGAGGGCAUUCAGAGUGAGCUUCCAUUUGAAUUUCAGGUCCUCGAGAGUGCAUUCGAGGUUGUCUGCUCUUUCUUUGAUACCAGAGUUACAUCCUUGGAGACAGAAGCUUUGCCUGUUCUUGCUGAACUAAUUGAGAAAGUCACCAGGGAGAAUCUUCGCAUCGUACGAAGCUUGAAAAGUAAUCUCACAUGCUUAAUAGCCAGUGUACAAAAGGUGAAAGAUGAAAUUGAACACUUAUUAGAUGAUGAUAAAGACAUGGCAGAAUUCUACUUAACAAGGAAAGUCAUCCAGAGCCAGCAAGAGGACGUGGAGGAUCUGGAGAUGUUGCUGGAAGCAUAUUUGAUACAAGUGGAGGGAACGCGGAACAAGCUCCAUACAAUGAGGAAAUACAUUGACGACACAGAAGACUACGUGAAGAUAAAACAGAAAGAUAAACGUAACCGCUCGCUUGUGUUUAAGCUGAUGAUAAGUAGAGCUUCUUUUGCAAUAUCUGCAGGGACAUUAGUCGUCAGCUUAUUCGGAAUGAACAUACCGAUUCCGCUGUACAGCACAAAUGGCGUCUUUGGUUACUUGGUGUUGGGUGUUUUUGUGAUGUGCAUUGUGCUUUUCAUGUUUACCUUUGGCAAGGCUGGGUGGAAGAAGCUGCUUUGAUCAUUACUCAUAAUCACUACACAAAUCCCCAGGACCCCAUAUUCUUUUUUGAAGUCUCCAACUUUGAUUUGAGCGAAUUAAUCCCACCGUGGAGUUCUACCAACAGUGCGAAUAAUUUGACCAAAUAAAUUCAAAGGUCGUACAAUUUUUUAGUUAGGGAUCUUUUCCUAUUACAUUUUGUUCUUCUUAUUAUUGAUUUCUUUUAUCUUUUUACUUGUC